GUUUUCCAUUAAAAUUUUCAAUAUUUUCCUUUUAUUCACUAGGUGGUGAUAGCCAGGUGAUUCGUGCAGCCAUGGACCACUGGGAACAGCAUACAUGCUUGAGAUUCGAACCACGAACUUCCUCACACGCCAGUCAGCUAGGCCAUAACACAUAUCUUUCUUUCAUCAAGGGUAGUGGUUGCUGGUCCUGGGUAGGAAGGGGUUCUUUUCAUGCUAAUGGCGAACAAGAGAUAUCCAUCGGAUCAGGAUGCGAAUACCUCGGUAUUGUCGCUCACGAAAUCGGACACGCCAUCGGGUUCCAUCACGAACAAUCUCGUCCAGACAGAGACGAUUACAUCAAUGUCCACUUUGAAAACAUCCAAUCCGGCUUUGAAGGCAACUUCGAAAAGUAUGACUGGAAUUAUGUGACGACACGCAACGUCGAGUACGACGUCGGCUCCGUCAUGCAUUAUGGAUCACAUGGAUUCUCAAGCAAUGGUCAACCAACCAUCACCACCAUCGAUCCUCUUCAGAUGCAUCUCCUUGGUAACCGAGCUGGUCUUAGUAACGCCGACAUCAUCCUAGCCAACCUCAUCUACGGGUGCGACAAUCAAUGUUCGGGCUCUGAGCAAUGUCAGAACGGAGGAUACCAUGAUGCUAACUGCAUCUGUGUAUGUCCUCCAGGUUACAGCGGUGACUUGUGUCAGGAUGGAAGUGAACCUACCACUACACCACCAUGUUACCAAAGAUUGACUGACACACAGGGAGAGAUUACGUCACCAAACUACCCCAGUAACUAUGACAACUACCAAGAAUGCAUGUAUCUUAUUGAGGGAGUUGCAGGAAGUACGAUUGAACUGACAUUUGUUGACAUGGACAUCGAAAACGAGAACCUCUGUCGCUACGACUCCGUCGAGGUCCGCAAAGACAAUAUCAACGCCAUCGGAGAGAAGUUCUGUGGUAGCACCUUACCCCCUGUCCAGAUCUCUAGCAGCAACCAGAUGUUGGUUUCUUUCACAUCUGAUUACAGCAUCACUGGGCGUGGUUUCAAAGCUACCUACGUCAUCCAGGGUGUUCCUACGACUGAGGCACCAACUACCACCCCUGAAACAACUACCAAUCCUCCUGUCGUCGGAACAUGUGGAGGAAGCUUUGAUGACAGCCAAGGUUCAUUUGCAUCACCAAACUAUCCUAAUGAUUACGAUAAUAAUCUACGGUGUGUCUACGUGAUCGAAGUGGAGGCUGAUCGUCGGGUUGAGCUGACAUUCGCAGACUUCUCGCUGGAGAAUCAGAGUACCUGCCGAUGGGACGAACUGGAGAUCGAUCUCGGAGAUGGUGUCAAAGUUCCUAUGAAGAUGUGUGGUUCUGAGUAUCCAGCCGCUUCUUUGGUGUCAAUCGGUAACAGGAUGGAACUAACCCUGAAGACAGAUGGGUCUGUUACUAGUCGCGGCUUCAGAGCAGACUAUCGUGCAAUAGAUUUGUAAAAUCUCGCCUCAAUUGCUUGAAAUAUCGCUGUAAAAUAUUUUAUGAAAAGUAUUUAUGUCCAUACUACAUAACCAUCUCGACAGUUCAGUCUGCAUUUUUACUUCGACAGUGGAACGAAAAUGUGUCCUGAUAUCGCAUUUUUCUGUGUUUUUAUAUGACUUGAAGAGACAGGUCUUCGUUUGUGCUGAUAAUAUUUAUUUGUUGCAUUUUUUUCUCUUGUAUUUGACAAGCGUUAUAAAAAUCGAGAAACUAGAAUUUUGCCAUAUUUAUCAACACUGCCAUAAUAUUUUUUGUGGAAUAGAAUAUAUUUUGGUAAUUAUGUGAGUAUGUACAUGACAAUGGAUGGUAUGCUUCUAAAACAUAGUAGGGAAUAAUAUAAAUGCUUGUAGUUGUAAUGAAUUUGUUUGAAUUUUUAAAACUCGUGUUUUUUAUUCAGAAUCUUGCUCUUAACACAAUGCCAAAUAAUGACAAUUAUUUUGUUUUCGAUAUUUUACAUGUUUUGUACGAGUAGCUUUUAACUUUUAACUUUUUGCGAAUGUUUGAUAUGAUAUUGAUGUAAAAUUCCGUCUGGAACGGCUGGUUGAAAAUAAUCACCUUGAAAAGUUUUUGAAUGAUUUUGAUGAAAACUUAUGAAAUGUAAGUAGAAAAUCUUACAUGUUAUUUAAUAUUUUAACUCAAAUUUAGAAGAAUUUUGUGCCAUUUUAUUAAUUUUGAAUGUUUUGCAUAUUUCAAUGUUCAAGAAAAUAUCCGUCUGAGACGGCUGGUUGAAAACAAUCACUAGUCUUGAAAUCAAUGAUUUUAGUGAAAACGUAUAAAAUUCAGUUUGAUCGAUUCAAUUUCAGUUUGAAUGCAAAGGUUUAUAUUGUAUCUGAAUUUAUGAUAAUUAUGAUGUAAUUAUUAUGAUAAUGUGAUUUUCCGUCAGGUACGGCUGGUUUCUAAAAGAUAUGAAUUAAACUUUAUAAAAAC